CACACGUGCCUACUGCACAUUUAACAGCACUUUCCAACAUGGCGGCGUGCAGUGUGGAGGAGCUGUUAGCCAAAGCUGAACAAGAAGAGGCAGAAAAACUGAGGAGUAUCUCGGUCCACAAAGAGCUGGACCUGGACUUUGACAUCGGGAACCUCUUAGCCUGCGACAAAAACCGCAUCGAGUCCCGGGACUUCAAAGAGCAGAAGAAAGAGGACUUCCUGCGCUCGUUAGCUCGUGACAACACGCAGCUGCUCAUCAACGAGAUCUGGAAACAACCCACGGAGAGGGUCGAGGAGGCGAUAGUGGCCAAACUACCAGACCCGACGACCCCGCUGCCCAGAGAGAAACCACCUCCCAAACCUAAACCUCCAACUAAAUGGGAAGAGUUCGCCAAACUGAAGGGCAUCCAGAAGAAGAAGAAGACCAACCUGGUGUGGGAUGAGACCGCGAAGGAGUGGAAGAGGCGGUGGGGCUACAAGAGAGCCAAGGAUGACACCAAAGAGUGGCUGAUAGAGGUGCCAGAGACCUCAGACCCCAAUGAGGACCAGUUCGCCAAACGCGCCAAAGCCAAGAAGGAGAGGGUGGCCAAGAACGAGUUCAACCGGCUGAAGAACAUCGCCAGGGCGCAGAAGGUCAAAGUACCGGGUGUGGGUCUGACCCCUGCAGCCCAGCAGUCCAGAGACGACCUGGCCAGAGCUGUGAGCGUCGCCAAGACCUCCACAGCAUCCGCGGGCAGGUUCCAGGACCGCCUGCCCAAAGAGAAAGCACCCAAGAACACCGGCAAGAAGAGGAAGUUUGAGCCCCUCAUCGGUGACUUCUCCAGCGAGAAGCAGAAGCAGCUGGAGCUCCUGAGAGUCCUGGACAGCAAGAAGCCCAAACUGGACAUCACCAAGGCUGUCAACAAGCAAAUGAGGGAGGAGGACAGAGAGGAGGCUGCAGCCAAACACAAGAGGGGAGCAGGGAAGAAAGGACGCAAAGGCAGCAUGCCAGGAAAGGGCAAAGGAAGCAUGCCAGGGAGAGGCAAAGGAAAGGGUGGGAAGGGGAAAGGAGGUAAAGCUGGAGGAGGAGGCGGAGGAGGGAAGAGGAGAGGCAAACCUGGGAAGCGCUGAGGACUCUGUAUCCUGCUACAUGUGUUUGUGCCUUGGCAUCAGGACAUUGGACUGGACUCAAAUGAUGCAAUGACUGUCUGAUCAGUCUGUGAAUGAUGUGACUGUCUCUUUCUGUGUGUUUAAACUGUCACCACAUCUGUAAAUGUCAGUGGAGACAUACUGAUUAAUAUGUUUUUUAUUAAUGGAAACAUAUUUAAACUGCAGCUCAAAUUAAAAUCAGCAGAUUGUGA